CUCUUCACAGCUAGGGCAACCUUUGGUUUGCCGAGUUUCUGGGGGGUUAAAACUCAAGAUGACUGACUAUCCAGAGUACACGUGUGCAACAUGUUAUCAUCACAUGGAUAACAGAUUGUUCGAAAACGGAACCAAGCUUCAAAUGAAAGGCAAGUGGUUAGUGGAUCCAAAAACGAACGAAAUAUACGAAGCCUCUUACACAAAUUCCUCUAGUCCUAUCUUCAAGACAUUUCGAACUUCCAAGCUGAAGAAUUUGUGGAUAAGCUGUUGCAAAGCUGCUGUCUUGUGCUGCGAAGACAUGCUGAAAGAUCCACCAGCUGCAGAGCCAGAUCUUUGUCCUCGUACUUGGGAUGGAUGGAACUGCUGGAACGACACUCCGAGCGGUAUCACUGCUGAAAGUACUUGUCCUUCUUACAUAUAUUUCCACAGCGAAGAGCCGAAUUGUGCACGUUACGCAACAAAACAGUGCUUGGAGAACGGCACUUGGUACCGGAACGAGAAGGACAGAGAAUACAGUGAUUACACAACGUGUGGACAAGGUGAGGAAAUCAAAACUUUACUGAAUACUCAUGUCAUAACAUUUGGAAUUUCGAUAGUUCUUUUGAUUCCUGCAUUAGGAAUUUUCUUUUAUUUCAGGCAACUGCGCGUCCUGCGAAUCUUCAUGCAUAAGAAUCUCUUUAUUUCACUUCUUCUCACCGCCAUAUUUGUCAUCGUGUUUGAAAGUUACUACAUUAUGGAUUCUCUCACUAAUCCAAAUAAUAGCAUCGAAUCGAAUGAGGCAGGAUGCAAAGUGUUUUACACAAUAACAAAGUACUUGCGGUUGAGCACUUAUCUGUGGAUGUUUUGUGAAGGUUUCUAUCUACACAAGUUGAUUGCAGCAGCUUUCGCAGAACAGAAGAGCACAAUUUUGUUUCACGUGAUUGGCUGGUGCAUUCCUGCUUUGCCUGUUGGUAUUUGGGCCAUAACCAGAAAACUGAAAGCUGAUGAUUUGUGUUGGACUGUUCCUGCGAAUCAUUUCGAGUGGAUUAUGUUUUCCCCAAUGCUUUUAGCACUAGUGGUGAAUUUUUGUUUUCUUGCUCAUAUUAUUCAAGUCAUAAUAACUAAAUUGAGAUCAUCCCAUUCAGAUGAACCCACCCAAUUCAGGAGGGCAGUACGAGCGACAAUGGUACUUAUUCCUUUGUUCGGGCUGCAUUUCCUGUUCCUCAGCUAUCAUCCACGUGUCAACAAUUGCUACUGGCAGAAGAUUUAUAACAUUGUCACAUACUCUGUGGAUGGCUUGCAAGGUGGAGUGGUUUCGCUCAUCUUCUGCUACUUCAAUAAUGAGGUUCUCUUUCUGUUGAAACGGACGUACAACCGAAGGCAGAUGGUUAGGAGCGUCACCAACAGCCGCAGGACCCGAACAUCAGUAUCUACGAAUGCCGAAUCCUUUAUGAAUGAAAACAGCAUGGUGAACACGGCGUUCGAAAAAAAGUGACGGCGUAGAAGGCGCAGAAAAAAGCGCCUCCUCCAUACCUACCGACCGGUUCUAGAAACAGCUGUGUAGAUAAAUCAUUUUUAUUUCCAUUUUAAUCGCAAUUCAAUAUACAGGCGUCCCCUCGUAUAACACAGUUAAUUCGUUCCGUGUAGUAUCGAAACCGUGUUACACGAGACUUUUUUUUUAAAUAAUUUUGUAACUUAUUUUUUACAUUAAUUAAUC